AUGGCGGCCACCAUCUCAGGUGACAAGUCCUGCCCUGAGAAGUUCACAGCAGCUGCUGACCGUGUGCUUAGUAGCUACCAGCAGGACUUCCUCUGGCCCGUUCUGGUGGCUGAGUUCCUGGUGGCCAUGGCUGGCAAUGGCCUGGCCCUGUACCGCUUUGGCAGUCGGGAGCAGCGGCCCUGGAACCCAGCUGUGGUCUUCUCUGCCCAGCUGGCCAUCAGCAACCUGCUCUAUGCCCUGACGCUGCCCCCGCUGGCCGCCUACUUCUACCCACCCAAGAACUGGCGCUAUGGGGACAUAGCCUGCCGCCUGGAGCGCUUCCUCUUCACCUGCAACCUGCUGGGGGGUGUCAUCUUCAUCACUUGUAUCAGCCUCAACCGAUACCUGGGCGUUGUCCACCCCUUCUUCACCCGCAGCCACCUGCGGCCCAAGCAUGCCUGGGCCAUCAGUGCCACUGGCUGGGCCCUGGCAGCCCUGCUGGCCACCCCCAUGCUCAGCUUCUCCCGCCUAAAGAGGCCUCAGCAGGGAGCAGGUCCAUGCAGCACAGACAGGCCUGAGGCCUGCAUCAAGUGCCUGGGGACAGCAGAUGACCAACAGCUUGCAGCCUACAAAGCCUACAGCCUGGUACUGGCAGGGCUGGGUGGUGGCAUGCCACUACUGCUCUCCCUGGUGGCCUAUAGUGCCCUGGGGUGGGCCGUUUUUCGCAGCCAUGGUAUGACAGCAGGCGAGAAGCUACGUGUGGCAGUGCUGGUGGCCAGCGGUGUAGUCCUCUACGCCAGCUCCUACAUGCCCUAUCACAUCACACGGGUGCUCAACGUGGAUGCCCGGCAGCGCUGGUACACCCGCUGCCCAGGCUUUGCAAAUGAGACCCAGGCUAGGGGGGCGCUGGAGCUGGGGCCCUAUCUGGGCUUCCAGGUGAUGCGGGGCCUUGUGCCCCUGGCCAUCUGCAUACAUCCCCUGCUCUACAUGGCUGUGGUGCCCAGCCUGAGCUGUUGUCGCCAAAACUGCCCACAGUGUGUUGGAGGCCACCCAGAAAGCAAGACUCCUGGCCAAGACCUGCCUCUUGAUAAUGACAAUCUCCGAACCCCAGAACCCCAGGCCUCUGAGCUGAGCCUGUGA